GAAUAUUUGGCAACCCUUACAAAUAACAGUGUUGAUAAGAAGGUUAUGAACCUGGUAUCAAAGUCACAGGAUGUAAAUGUGCAGGUAGCGGCUGCCAAAGCAAUGGCUACAUUUUUCCGAAGUCCAUUAGUUCGUUUGUCUGCUACUGCGUCAGAUAUUUUAAAUAAAUUCGUACGCAUGUACAACUCUAAGCAUUUUGAAUCUCACGAAGCGGCUCUUUUGGCUUUAAGCAACCUCGUUAAAGACAAUACAAUCAGUUGCAUGGAACUUGGACAAACUCCGAAUUUCAUUUUUCAACUUGUCGGAAGUUUGUUAGAAUCGGAAUCCAUCACACUCCUUACUCUGGAUAUCUUACGGGAGUUUGCAAAGCACGAUGCAUUACGAAUUAAGCUAUAUGAGUUUGAUAUCAUUCCAAAAAUACUUGAAUUAUCCAAAUCUUCUUCUGAACGUGUUCAAGAAAGACUUUUAUAUUUAAUUCCAUUGCUGGUUACAUCAGAUGACGAAAUCACACUAUUUCAACAGGCUGACGGAAUAGAAAUCGUCUUCAACUUUUUAAAAUGCACUUGCUCUGAAGUUCGAAAAGUUGCCACAAUUUCGAUUGGUCUUCUUGCAGAAAAUGCAUUCGCGGCUAGAAUAAUUCUUAAAAGCGGGUGGCUGGAACAUCUCUACUUAAUGCAAAGUUCAGAAGAUCAAUGUUCUGGUUAUGCGAAGAUAGCCAUUAAGCACAUUCUAGAUGCCAAUCUUGUUCUAAAGUUCGCAAUGACUGGCAUACUGGAUUAUUCAGAUAUAACGGGAGAUGUAUUUUACGAUGUUGGACCCAUGAAAACAUCUGAGCAUCUUAAAAUCACACAGAUUUACUCCAACGAAUUACUCAAUAACUCAAUACCAACUUGGAUUCUAAAUAUCACCGAAGCGUGUCAAAUCUUUUUAAUUCAUGAAAAAAAAUUUAGGGGUACGUUGGAUUCUGACGGUUUCCAAUUGCCUUACGAUACGGAAUUGAGGACUUUUAUUAAAUCAAGCACAUUAAAAAUUAAUGAAACACCGGACUUGGAAGAGAAAAUCCGUAUAUUGGCAGUGUAUGCUUAUGAUUGCUUAAAAAAUUAUUUUACUGAAAUCGCGUCUUUUAAGAUGCCAAGAGACGUUGCCGACUAUUUCGGUGGACCGAUGACACGAGAAGAUGCCUACGGUUCAAUAGAUUGGCAAAAGAUCACAAAGUAUCGUUGUCACUUCAACACAAAUGUUGUUCCGAUCGGUCUCCCAGAUAGUGCUGGCUAUCGUCAUCGAGCUCUGCUUUUCAAGUUCGUUGCUGACAAAGUGGGAAUAGCAUGCAGAUGUGUUUGUGGGGAAUAUCAAAUUGCCUACAACGCAAUUAAUAUUCAGAAUGAAUUGACCUUUGUUGUGAAUUUAAUGGAAAAUCCUGGUGAAAUUUAUCCAGCUGAUUCAAAAGAGGCAAAUAAUUAUUGUAGAAUUUAA